AGCCGCUGCCGCCCGUGGCUCCCUUUGUGGCAGCCGCCAUGGCGGCCGAGCGGGCUCCGCCGGCCCGGGCCCAACCUCCGCCCCCCGGCCCCGCUCCCGGCCCCGCUCCCGGGCCCGUGGCGGGCCCCGAGCCCGCGGCACGAACCGGCCUCAGCCUGCCGGGCAUCCUGCACUUCAUCCAGCACGAGUGGGCGCGGUUCGAGGCGGAGAAAGGGCGCUGGGAAGCGGAGAGGGCCGAGCUGCAGGCGCAGGUGGCGUUCCUGCAGGGCGAGCGGCAGGGUCAGGAGAGCCUCAAGCUGGACCUGGUGCGGCGGAUCCGGAUGUUGGAAUUCGCCCUCAAGCAGGAGAGGUCCAAGCUGCAGAAGCUGAAGUUGGGGGCGGAGGCGGCGCCGGGGGAGAAGCGCCCAGAGGAGCCACUGUCCAACGGCCCGGUGGAGCUGGAGGGGGCCUGGAAGGACGGGAGGCGGCUCCUGCGCCAGUACCUGGAGGAGCUGGGCUACAGCGACACCAUCCUGGCCAUGCGCUCGCGCCGCCUGCGGGCGCUGCUGGCCCGCGGAAUCCCGGGAAUUCCGGGAAUUUCGGGAAUAAUUCCGGGAAUUCCGGGAAUUCCCGCCGCCCCCCCCAGCCCCGGCAGCCCCCCCUCCCCUCCCCCACCCGCCGAGUCGCUGCUGCUGCGCCGCAUCGAGGAGCAGAUCCAGAGGAACGCCGGGAAGGAGCCGCAGCGGGGGCUGAGCCCCUCCCCCCCCGAGGAGGACAGCGAUGAGGAAGAGGAGCCCGAGGGCCCCUCCCCCACCCCGGGGCCGCCCCGCAGGAGGGGAAAGAGUGUCCCCAAGGUCCCCGAGGAGGACGAGGACGAGGAUGAGGACGAGGAAGACUCCGAGGACGCCCUGGGGGAGUUCGACUUCCUGGGGACACCUGGGGACACUUUGGGGACACCUGGGGACAUCAGAGAGAGCCACCGGUGCCACCUGCGGGACGGGGACCUCGGGCCACCGCGGCCACCCGAAGGGCUCCCGGCCGAGGCGCUGGCCCUGGAUGGCCUCGGGGACCUGGCGGAGCUGACGGUGACAAAUGACAACGACGGCGGUGACGUGCCACCGUCGCCGCGGCGCGUCUGGAGCCCGCGGCUGACGCUGCGCAGCCACUUUGACGCCGUGCGGGCGGUGGCCUUUGUCCCUUGUCACCCGGCGCUGGUGACGGCCUCCGAGGACGCCACCCUCAAGCUCUGGAACCUGCAGAAGCCGCUCGUCCCCAACAAGAGCGCGGCGCUGGACGUGGAGCCGGUGUACGCCUUCCGCGGGCACAGGGGCCCGGUGCUGGCGGUGGCGGUGGCAGCAGGUGACAGCGGUGACAUCGGUGACAUCGGGCUGUGCUGCAGCGCCGGCGUGGACGCGCAGAUCCGCUGCUGGCGCCUGCCGGGGCUGGACAGCGACCCCUACGAUGGCUACGACCCGGGGGUGCUCCGGGGGCUCCUGGCCGGUCACUCUGACGCCGUUUGGGGUCUGUCCUUCGAUGGCGCCGGGCGCCGCCUGGCCUCGUGCUCGGCCGAUGGCACCGUGCGCCUCUGGGACCCCCGCGGGGACAGGGACAGCGGGGACAGCGGCGGUGGCACCUGCCUCGGCGUCCUGGACGGGCACGCAGAGCACGGCGUCCCCACCUCGGUGACCUUCGUGCCCACCCAGCCGGCGCACCUGGUGGCCGGGUUCCGCUCCGGGGCCACUGUCCUCUACGACCUCGAGGCCACCAAGGCCACCCUGGUGUCCCCAAACGGCGGUGGCCGUGCCCAGGUGAACCAGGUGGUCACUCACCCCUCGCAGCCGCUGACCAUCACGGCCAGUGACGACCGCGCCAUUCGCUACCUGGACAUGCGCACAGGUGCGGUGGUGCACUCGGUGGUCGCUCACCUGGACGCCGUCACCUGCCUGGCCCUGGACAGCAGCGGGGACACCCUGAUGUCCGGCAGUCACGACUGCUCCCUGCGGCUGUGGCACCUGUGCCAGCGCACCUGCGUGCAGGAGCUGCCCGCGCACCGCCGGAAGCACCACGAGUCCGUCCUGGCCGUCGCCUUCCACCCGCGGCGGCCCCUCGGGGCCAGUGCCGGCGCCGACGGGCUGGCCAAGGUCCUCGUGUGACACCUGGGACACCUGGCACACCUGGGCACACCUGGGGACACCUGGGGGCAC